AUGAGUAUAAAUGAAGUUACAACAGACCCCAAAGUAACGCGAACUACUUUCUCACCAGAUAUCUUGAACAAUGAACCUCUUAGCGACUGGAUCUACGCUAUAUGUGUAGUCACGUUUGACUUGGAAUUAGGACAGGUGAUAGAGGUAAGUUUUUCUAAUAAUUUAAUACCUAAAAUCUUUUUCUAAUUUUAGGAGCCAAAAAUAAACUUUUGUUUAAAAAUUUACUUAAUUUUUCAGCUGACAUAUCCCAAAAAUGUGUUUCUAUCAGAAUCAACCAGGACCAACUUAUGUUACCUAUCCUUCCCGGACUCCAACGCUACUUCAGCUCAAGACACAUCGUACCACUUCCGUCUGAAAAGCCCAGGAAUCGAGCUUACUGAUGGUUUGAACGCGUUUUCCGACCAGGCUCCCAUCUCAUUAAAGCCGUGUGAGGAAUUCUUGUUUGGUUUUGUGCAUUUCAGACAACAGAAAAAUGUGAAUUUGGCCAGAGGGUAUUACCAGAAGAGUGUUGUGGUACUGUCACAUCUUCCACUUUUUGGUCUCUAUCAGUAUGUGGUUGAUAGUAUGGCGUUAAUGUUCUUUGAGUCUGGAGAGGCUAUUCUUGAUGCAGGUAGGCGUGGUUACUCUAAUAUAACGUAGCGAAGGGAAAUGUGUAUAAUUUAUUAAAGUGAAUUAUAAUUAGUGCACCACAUGUAUAAAGGUAUACAAUAAUUACCAGUAAUAACCCACUUAGCAGUUCAACACAUCCGAGAAUGGCCACAGCCAGUACCAGGCACGAUGCUGAACUUACCGUGGAUGGGGAACGUACUGCAGUGUCGAAUACCAUCAAAGACUGACAUUCCUCAAGCUCACUUUACUUUUGAGACCAAUGUAGGUUGUCUUUAUUAAAAUAUUUUUGUUCUUAGGGAUUCAAUGAUGCUUCGUCAAUUAUACUACCAUCAGUUCACGAGACCAACUUCUACGAAAAUACCAAAUGUAUCGUCACUCAUCUUCAAACCUUUUGGGAACUUGUAUUGAUCGGAGAGGUACGUCUAACUUAUUUUUUAAGCAUUAAAAUUGUCUUUCAUAUAUAUUUUUACUAUUUUAACUAAAAUAGCAUGAUUUAUACCUAAAUAUUUGACUAAAGCAACGUCUUCAUUUAUUUUAGCCGCUGGUUGUGUUGGCACCUAGUCCAAACAUUUGUGCCAAUCUAGUUCAAAGUUUGAUCACACUUAUUUGGCCAUUAGAAUUUGGAGGCGAUUACCGUCCGAUGUUCACCAUCCAUGACUCGGAUUUCAAUCAGAUAACUUCCGCGGUUCCAAUGUGAGUUUCACUUUUUUUUGCAUUCUGUUACUCUGGUUGUUCGGAGAGAUAUAUUUUUAAUUAUUUAAUUUGAAAUAAUUGCAUUUUGCAUAAGGCAUUGCACGAUAAUAUCGUUUAUAUUAUAAAAAAUGACCAUAUUCAUCAUGAGAUUAAACAAUAUUUUCUAAUAUGAGAACUUAUUUUUGGUAAUAUUAUGACAACCUAUUUUAGACCAAGUAUGGUACUAGGAGUCACAAACCCUUUCUUUUCGAAAGCCUUGGCUCAUUGGCCGCAUUUCCUUCGAGUUGGUGAUGGAUCAAACGACCAAACCUUAAUCAUGGACAAGUUGUUCAAAAAGCUGUCUGAUGGAAAAAGUUUGGAUAGUAGGCCAGGGCUGUACAGUACUUAUAAACCCUUUUUAAGUGCUGACAAGUCACUGAUGAAGAAACUGGUGAACCUUGGAAAUCGACCAGACGCUGUGCAAACGGCUAUUUUGAGACGACACUUUUUGGAGCUGACACAAAGCUUCAUGAUCCCAUUGGAAAGGUUGGUAUUAAUAUAUUUAAUAAACUGCAUUUUCUUCACAUAACACUGUUUUCUAUAAAAAUGUCUUUAGGUACCUUUCAAGCUUGAUGCCAUUGAGAAAACAAAUCAAUCCAUUCAAGUCCAUCCCCCAAGUCAAGGUUUUCGAAAUGGACGAGUUCUUUGCCAACCUCAAGAAGAACGGACCGUUGUUAACAUGCGGAGUCAAAGGAGAUUGGUGUGGAUUAUAUACCAGAUUCAUCAGAUCCCCGAACUUCAAAUCAUGGCUUCAGAUGAGGCUGAAAGAUGUAGAACAACAACUUUCUGUCAUCCAUCUCGAUGUUUUAUGUUCAGCUGACUUAUCAGUGGAUGUGUUAAGAGAUCGAAAGCAAGUUGAGAUUGUCGAUCUUGUACUGAAGUUGAACGAAAAGUUGAGUAACAUAGAUGAAAAAGACGUUGACAAAAGGAUCCGGCUUCAGAAACAGCUAGGUAAUGUUAUGAAUGCUGUUGAUGAUGACUUGAAGCAAGUUUUGUUGUCUAAUGAGAAUAUCAAGGCACUGUUUACGUGA